UGCUGACCGUCUGCUUGUGUGGAAGGCCGCGACGUGCUACGAGGCCCGAGUACUUUUAACCGCUGUCGGAGUGCCAUUUAACUUUGAUUUUGUUAAAUGUUUAUCUGAAUUGAGGGUUUAGUUUUAAUUUUUCAUUCAAACAAUGGCAUCGAAAGGUGGGCCCAUGGUAAUGGGCACGGAUGGUACAGACUUUGCUCAUCGACAAAGAGUAGCAACACAUUAUUUGCUAAGUGCCCAGAGUAAAUCCCGUUUGAAAUACUGCAUAUUCUUCCAUUACCUACUAUUUUUCGCAAUGCUAGCCAAGCUGUCAGCUGACAUCCUAGACAGAAUUGAUGUUUUUAUCCUUGAGAUAGAAGAAUUGCAAAUUCCACAGCCUUUAUGGUGGGAAUACCUGUGGUGUGUCAGCUUAUUGCUGUCUUUUAUUGGACUCUCUGCAGCACGAAAGAAUAGAAUCAGUUUGAUGAAACGUUACAUGCUUGGCAUCAUUAUAUUUGGCAUUGGUCCUGUACUUUAUGCUGCUGGUUAUUAUUUCAAAGAAGCCUGGCAGUAUGUUCGCACAGGUGACACGGAAGACCUCCAUCUUUGGCAGGGAUAUCCUUAUGCCUUGCUAUGGUUUGCUUUCAUCAUUCUUGCCCUCCAAGUUCACUUUUUUUCAUUAUAUUUUGCCUGGAGUUCAAUCCAAGCAUGGAAAGCAAGAGGUGCAGCUAAAAGCAAAUAAGAUGAAAUACUGUACAAUAUAUUUUUGAAAAUGAUCUUAAAGAAAUUGGUACAAACAUACAUUUUAAUCAAUACUGACACAACAUCCUCAAGGGAACAAGUGCUCAAAUCCAACAAAUCUGUCUUAUAUCGGGAUUAUCUUUCUUAAGACCUCCCACUUCUUCCAAUUGACCUAUCACUUCCAUUUGUAAAAAGAAAAGCAAAAGCAAAUUUUGCAUUUGAACAAUUUAAACCAAGAUGUGUUUUAAUGGUCACAUCUUUAAUGUAUUGAACAAAUUUUGUGACUCAACAAUUUAAUUUCCACUCAGUCAUUGCAGUUGUGGGUCUUGCCACUCUCACCUAAUCCUACUAGAGCUGAGGUAAUUAUUUGAGUAGUUUUAAAUAUCUCAUUGGUGACUUUUGAUAACACAAUGUGUGACGUGACGUCUCUAAGACUGCUACUUCAUAGAAGUUUGACUGAAAAAUUUAAUUGAUUUCAACUUGUUAUUGUUGAGAUAUAUAUUUGUUAAGUAUACUAGUGAAGCAAAUGAUAUAGAAGUGAAACCUAUAGAAAUAGGCUUAAUGUCACCUUGACAGCCUUUGUUAUUAUAUUAUUACAUUUUUGUUUAAAUGACUUACAUACAACUCAACAACAACCAUGUUUGAAGUCUGUAAAUUGCAUCCAUGACUCAUUAAAAAUAAAAAUAAAAUAUCUCUUGAUAGUCUUAAA